AUGAGCUCCCCCAACAACCCAACCGACGCGGCCAAAGCGGCCCAAGCCACCACCAGCCCCUCCAACAACACCACUACGACCCUCUCCGACGCCCACAAAACCCUCUUUGAAGAAGGCCUCAGGGUACGGCGCGAGGUGAACGGCUCCCAAUACGUCGACACGGCCCUCAAGACCAACCUCACCGAGUUUAACCGCCCCAUGCAGGAGCUGGUGACCGAGGCCUGCUGGGGCUCCGUGUGGGCGCGCGGCGAGGACGUGCUGGAGAGGAAGACGCGGUCGCUGCUCAACGUGGCUAUGCUGGUGGCGCUGAACAGGUCCACAGAGCUGGCAACCCAUGUGCGGGGGGCGCUCACCAACGGGGCGAGCGUGGAGGAGAUUCGGGAGACGUUGCUGCAGGCGGCCAUCUACUGCGGCAUGCCGGCUGGGCUGGAAGGGUUCAGGGUGGCGGAGAGGGUGAUUAAUGCGGCCAAGGAGAAUUGA